CGUGAAGAUGAUGCCCCUUCUUUCUACCCAAACACAAAGUAUAGUUCUUGGAAAAAGUAUUCACUCAAAACCUGACCUGCGAGUAUCAAUGAACGAUGACUCCUUUCCAUUAGGAAUGAAGCUUUAAUUUGAAGUGCUUGUACAUGUACAAAAAAACUUGUGAACAACAAUCGUGAAGACUACUUGAUUGUGGUUUUGUCAUUGUUUUUGAAUUUUUGCCUGAGAGAGACUCACGAAUAUUUUUUAUCGUUUCGGAGGUUUCCGUUUCCACACUGGAGUUCGAGCUAAGGUUACGAGUAGUAUUUUUCAGCCAUGAAGACGCUUACUUUUUCAGAAACGAAAGAUCAAGCGGAGCCCUCAUCGUUUCCUCGCGAUGAUUCCUGUUUACGUGCUUCCCCCUCUUCCGAUUACGACCCCACCCUGACGGCGCCACCCUCUCCCGUGGAAAUAACCACCAGUAGCCAAGCACCUCCCACGUCGGCCUUCGAACAGCAACAGAUUCCGCUGAUCCUGGAACUCUGCCUGCCCUUCUACGACCUGCAGGAUUUGAAAACGCUGCGACAGGUCUGCAGAAGGGAGGCGCCGGUGUGCGAAAACCUGGAGUACGGUUGGCAAUUGCUCUGGGAGAAUUUGUACCAGUACGCCAUCCCGAACCGAAAAUGCUCCAGAGUCUUGAAGCAAUGGAUCCAGGCGAGAUUGGCUGCGGUUGCGGAAGGAAGUGGCGGUUUUUCGAUUGCAGGUCGUAGUCGUAGUGCAGGAGCGACGAGGUCGUUUUAUUCUUCCUCUUCUUCUUCCCCGACCGGUAAAAGUACAAGUGACGCCAGUCGGCCCGCAGGGGAAGGAGCGUCUUUUUCCCUAGAUGAAACAGCACGAACUUUUUCUACGCAUCUUCCCCUUGAUUUUCCUUCGCAGGAAACCAACUGCAAUACGAACACGUCGACGACGAUGGGCAAUUAUGAUAAACAGCAGCAGUUUCAAGUCUAUGAAAACGCGGUCCGACUGGUGCAUUGGAUCGUGAAAAGGGUGAAGCAGGAAGAAAUUGAGCAGCUUAUCAAAUGCAAAUAUGUCUGGGUCUGGAAGGUUCCAACUUCUGAUGCUGUCUCUGGAUUCGAAAAAAAUCUGUAUUGCAUGACAAGCAAGACGAGUCUUGUUUGUGCUACGCGGAGAAGGCAUUUCUCAUGCACAAUAGGCAUCAGGAAGCCCUCUGCAAAUCUGUCAUGCUAGGCCAUGCAUUACAGGCAUCAGGGGUCAUGCAGCAUAUGCAUGACAAACCUGGCAACUACUUUCCAGACCCAGCAGACAUAUUUGCAAUGGAUGCAGCUGCUCGGAGGGCAAUUUUUGACCAGUGCGCUGUACUUGCUACACGAAGCGCGGCACGAAUGCGAUAUGGAAUGCAAAAAUGUCUGGGUCUGGAAGAUGGCGAGAUUUGUCAUGCUAGUCUGGCAUGACUCUGCACUUUGUAUUGCGUGGCCACCAAGAGGUCCUCUUGCCUGUCAUGCAAAAGCGCAGUUUCUCAUGCGAACUACGCAGCACAUAGGCACCAAAAAACUUGUCAUGCUUGGCUGCGCAGUACAGAGGACUUAUUGUUCACGGACUUGCAUCACAAGUUUCCAGACCCAGACAUAUUUGCAACCCAUAUGCGAGAAGCAGCGGCAAGAGGAGAAGAUGAAGAAGGCGCCGGCAAACGUGAUUGCGCCCAAAUUGUGGAUAUGCACUGCAAAAGUAUCGUACUCGUAUAAAUGCAGCACAAAUUUCCUCAGCAUGAGAAACAAAAUUUGUAAUGCGGAUUUGACUUAACAAAAAGAAAAAGAUUUGUAAUGCAUGACUGCAAUACGAAUACGAUGCUUUUGCAUUUGAUAGUGGAGGCGGCGAAGUCCUUCGACGAUGAACAGCAACUUGUGCAUAUGCAAGAAAAAAAUUGUGUAAGUGUGAGUCUGUGAUGCAAGGAAUGCAGCACAGUUACACUUUGUCAUGCUGGUGUUGAGUCAUGAAGCUGUUUUUCAUAUGUGUUUCCACUGAUACGAGCUGUGCACGACAGGCUUUCUCUGUCAUGCAGAGCAAAUUUGUUAAUGUCAUGCUGGCACAACUCCAACAGACCUAGUACACUGACACAGUUUAAUAUUUUUUCCUGGAUAAUGCAUGAUUUGCGACGAUCACUUCACGUCGGGCACCAUGGUGGAUGCAGCUACGACGAGCCCGACGAAUGAUGAUCUGCAGGCUCUAGAAGUUGUACAGCCGGUGCAAGUAGAACAGAUAAGCCGGGAGCUGCGGCGAGAUCAUGAUGACGCUGAUUUUCACGAUUUCGCCCCGGACACGCGGAGCAGGAGCUUGGAAAUUCCCGCGUCUCUUUCCCCAAACUACAGCGAAGUGGAUGCAGGAAACGCAACAUCUUGUACUACCGCAUCAAGUAGGGGGCUCCAAAAAAUUCUCUCGGAUGACCACGAAGUGCGGUUGGAUUUACUGCUCCUCCUGGCCCUCCUCGCCACAAAGGAGCUGAAUAACCAGAAGCACGUGACGCAACUGCAGAACAACGUGAAUUCCCAGCUGCACGAAGAGUAUCAAGUGCAAAAAUGUCUGGGUCUGGAAGAAUGCAUGUUUGUCAUGCUUGUCUGGCAUGACUCUGAAAUCUGUCAUGCGCGUUACCCAAGAGCUCCAUUUUUCUGUGAUGCAGAAACGCAGUUUGUCAUGUAGAAUAGGCAACACCUAGAAGCUCAGAAACUUGUCAUGCUGAGCCAGCACUUGUGGCCUCAUCAUGAGACGCCACCCAGCAUCACAAGUUUCCAGACCCAGACAUUUUUGCAUUUGAUAAAGAGCUGCGCCUGAUUGCCAACGAAGAAUUUUCCUGCGAGUGCGAAAUCCCGAUCGCGGAGCACCCGAACUCGAAUUGUGCCUAUCAACUGUAAAAAUGCCUGGGUCUGGAAGAUUCUGAGACUUGUCAUGCAAGUUUUGCAUGAGCCCUGAUGCAGAUAGUAUGUAUCAGAGAUUUUUUGAGGGCUUCUGGAUGCCUAUUCCGCAUGACAAAUGCCCUCUUGCUUCCCGUAGCAAAAGUUACAUUCCUUUUGGUACUCAUGCAAUACAGAUUUUUUUGGAAUCCAACUGCAGCAUCACAAGUUGCAUCCUUCCAGACCCAGACAUUUUUACAUGUGAUAGUGCCGUGUCCAUGACAAUCUACCAGCAGCGGGUGAAGAAGGAGCUCGCGAUAUCAUGUGUAAAAACGUCCCCACCCCAGAGUUGUAAUGCAAAUCUGCAUGCUGAGAAUGUUUCUCAUGCGGAGACCCAUGAGAAGCAGUCUCUAGUCGUGUUGUGGGAUUUGUGAUGCUAGAAUCAGCAUGAUAUGCUAGAACUGUGAUGCUGCUGAACAAGCUAAACAGGAUUACACUGCGAGGCCAAACUUGUCAUGCGCAACAGCAAAAGCUGACAGAUUUGUCUAGCAGAUUUCCCAGCUUGGCUCUGGUGUGGGGACGUUUUUACUCAGGAUGCGCGAAGUUCACAAAUAACGACGAAAACUUGCUGUAUGAGAAUGAAAAAUCCCCCCUCCCCAUAUCAAAACGAAGUUUCUGAUGCUGGAUUUGCGUACACAAAUCUGAUUUGUGUUGCAGAAAGGCAUGGCGGCCAGAUCCGCAGGCUAGCUGGGGGCGUAUGGGUCUAGUUGCUCAGCAUGGCAAACGGCCUCCCUUUAGGCCCAACGGCAUGACAAACCGCCUCCAUAAUAUGGCGGAAGCUUCUGCCCUUGUCUUCUUGCAAGACAGAUGUGAUUUGUGACCUCAAAUCAGCAACACAAAUUUCCGGAGCCAUACCUUUUCAAUAUGGGGAGGGGGGAUUUUUCCACGCGAUAUGCUGAACCUGCUGCCCAGCAGAAACUUGAUCAACCUGGCCCUGGCUGGGGAAGGCAGUCCAGCAACCGAAGCUGCGGAACCACCAGACGAGGAACGAAGUAAAACUGAGGUUGCCACCGACAACGCGCUAGCGCAUCUACUGCGGUCUGCGGCGAAAGCGAACCACGUGGAGGUGGGGAGACUGCUAUAUUACAAUGAAAAAUGCUCCCACCGCAGAAUUCGCAAAAGUGUCUCAUGCAAAGUCUCCAAAUGAAAGCUUUUCGUCUUGCAUGAAAGGACUAAGACGAGCCUUUCUGAUGCACAAUCUAGCUGCGCAAGGUGUCUUUUGCAAGGCAGACCCGGCUGCUGUUGGGCUCCUUUGCAACACGAAUUUGAGCUAUUCAGCAUGGAAAAUCUGUGAUGCUGACAUAUGCAAGACGGGGAAUGUUUCCAUUGGAAAGGUUAGCAUCUACAAAUGCUGCCAAGUUCUGGGGUGGGACAUUUUUCACUGUAGUAUGCUACUGGACUGCUUUUCGUUUUCAUCAUCGAACACAAGUGCGAAGAGCCGCAGAAUACAGAGCGACGAUGAAAUAUCCUAGGAAAAAACGUUGUUAGUGUAAAUUUAUGAUGCGCAACAUGCAAGAUGAUUGCGUCUGUCAUGCUUGGCAUGCAUCGGAGGGCCCAUUAAAGGGCGUUCCCACGACGUACUAUCUGCGCAUGACAGGUUUUUGCUGUCAUGCCAGACAAAUUUGCAAUGCUGGUCCUCCAAAAAAGUUACACCUACAAUGUUUUUUUCUUGGAUAUGAAAAAACAGACCUCUCGACGUCUGAGAUGGAGCAAAACAACAACGUCACCCAACAUCAUACAGAAAGCAACAAAACACUGGACAAGAUGCUGGGGAAAGACGCCAACAGCCGCGAUUUGGUGGUUGAAGUGGGGCACACGCAGCUUUCCGCUUUCCCGCUGCUUAUUGCCGCGAAGGAAGGCAACUGCGGAUUCUGCCGGAUGCUGCUACACUUCCGCGCGGAUGUGAACCAAAAGGACCAGAACGGGCGGACCGCACUGAUGAUGGCGAUUUGUUACAAAAGGAAGAAUGUCGUCGAAAUGUUUCUUCGGGAUAGUAGUAGGAGUGUUGACCACCAACUCGUCCCCGAGGCCUCCCGCGCUGCUGGUGGGAGACUACGAGAGAACUCACUUCAAACCCAGGUUGAUGAAGAAAACCUGCGACUACAGCAAUCCCUGCAACUCAACGCAGGAGCCCAGAGAUCUGGGGCGCCAGGGCUCAGCAAGUUUCAAGUAGAGCAAUUAAAGGGGCCGAGUCAUUUCGAUGCCCGCUUGCACUUUCCUGCAAUAGAUGAAGCGCGCGAAAAAUUGAAAGAAAAGAGCAACGAAAACCACUAG